AUGUUAGUCAAUUUGUUCUUCCUCGUCACAGUCAUUUCUUAUCAAACUGUGUAUGCAGUUAUGAGCAUUCCUACAACAACUGAGUUGAACAGCAAUACCAGUGCAUCGAAUAAAUCAUCAAGUCUACUGAAUUGGAGAAAUACAAUCUCACAUUGUGUUCGAUUGUAUAUGGAACGAAAUCAACUUGGUGAUUGGUUCGAUAUAUGUGAUAGUAAUGAGCUGCUCUCAUCAACAUGUGUUUGGAGGACAAAAUCGAUUUGUACAACUGGAAAUACGAAUCCAUUCAGAAAAACAUAUUGGUUAAUAUAUGAGUAG